AUGAAAAAGUUGAUUUCGGCCCCUUAUGGUAAAAUAAAAUGGUUGAAUAUUCUUUGUGAAGUAUGGAAAUUAUACAAUAAUAAUUCAGUUCCCAAUAAUUAA